AUGGAUGUAACUGCCACAGCUUGGGUGACUGAAAGCACACUGCAGUAUGCAAGUGACUGGGAGGACUUUGACAGACCACUUGACAUGGCUUUGCUGAUCUCAGGCAUUGUGGAAUUCAUCAUUUCCCUAGUGGGACUGGCAGGAAAUGCUGUGGUGCUCUGGCACCUGGCUUUCCUCAUGCAGAGGAAUGCUUUCUCCAUCUACAUCCUCAACUUGGCAGGAGGCAAUUUUGUCUGUCUAACCACUGACAUGCCUGGUCCUGAUGACCUGAUUGCUUUGUGGCUCCCAGAAGAAGAAGCUGACCAGACUAUGAGUGACCAUCAGGCUCACUGUGCUGGCCUCCCUCCUCUGUGGACUGUCUUGAAGAAUCCUAUAAGCAACCAGAAGAUAAAUCUGAUUAAUAUGAAAGAAUUUGAUAUGGAGGCACUCGACAACUGUAUGACUGAAAUGCAUCUUCUGUACGGCAGAGAAGAGUUCAAAACAAAGGUGAAUCUCUACAAACUCUUUCUGUCAACAGAUGUCAGCUUUCUACUUGAAGGAAGAAGACAAAGCAGGAACACCAGCAGAGCAUAUCUGAGCAUGGAUGUAACUGCCACACCUUGGGUGACUGAAAGCACACCUCAAUAUACAAGUGAUCGGGAGGAUUUUGACAGACCACCAGACAUGGCUUUCCUGAUCUCAGGCAUUGUGGAAUUUAUCAUUUCCCUGGCGGGGCUGGUAGAAAAUUCUGUGGUGUUCUGGCUCCUGGCUUUCCGCAUGCAGAGGAAUGCUUUCUCCAUCUAUAUCCUCAACUUAGCAGGAGCUGACUUUGUCUGUCUAUGCACCCACAUAGUAGUCUCCAUGUUGAUUUUGGUCAAAUAUAGCAAACUAUACUCCAAGGAGGAGAUAUUAAAUUUUUCUGUAGCAUUUUUCUUUCCCUAUAUUGCAGGCCUGAGCAUUCUCACUGCCAUUAGCACUGAACGCUGCCUGUCUGUCCUAAAACCAUUAUGGUAUCGUUACUACCACACAAAACAAAUGUCAUCUGUCAUGUGUGCCCUCAUCUGGGCACUGUCCCUUCUCCUGACCAUUCUAGAACUUAAGUUCUGUGGUUUACUGUUUGGAAAAUAUGAUGAGGAUUUGUGUAGACGAAUUGAUUUCAGCAUUGUCACAUGGCUGGUGUUCUCCUUUGUGCUUCUUUUCGGGUCCAGCCUGGUGCUGCUGACCAGAUUGCUGUGUGGCUCCCAGAAGAGGAAGCUGACCAGGCUGUAUGUGACUAUUGGGCUCACAGUGCUGGUCUUCCUCCUCUGUGGACUGCCCUGGGGAAUCAGUUAUUUUCUCUUAUACUGGAUGCCAACUGUUUCUUUCUAUGUCAGCUUUAAUAUAAUUGUAGUGACGAAUGUAUUAGCCUGCGUCAACAGCUGUGCCAAUCCCAUCAUUUACUUCUUUGUUGGCUCUUAUAGACACCAGCAAAGACAGCAAAGAAGGAGCCUCAAAGAAAUUCUGCAGAGAGCUUUGCAGGAUGUUCCUGAGGAGGAUAGAAUCCAAGGCAGCCCUCCUCAGGAGACCCUGCAGAUUUCAGGAAAUACUCAUGUGGCCUAA